GGGAGGCUACCUCCGAGUUCCGAGCUCGUGAGAGAGGGAGAGAGAAUCUCGACUCCUCUCAAUCUCGAGAUGAAAAGCAGGUGGAGGAUCUCUUUCCACACCCGGCAGCCUCGCCGGAGGGAGCCGCCGCAGGAGUUCCUCUGUCCCAUCUCCAACUCCCUCAUGGCCGACCCCGUCAUCCUCCCCUCCGGUCACUCCUUCGAGCGCCGAUGCAUCGAGGCCGCUCUCUCGCUUCCUUACCAACAUUACGACCUGCCAUUCCUCGGCGGCACCACCACCACCGCCGGCACUCUAAUCCGCAACGUCGCCCUCAAGACCGCCAUCGCCAACUGGUGCCUCGAUUCAGGCCACUUACCGCCCUCCCCUCCAGACACAGAAACUGCUAGACGUCUCGCCUGCAAGCUGCUAGCCAGCGCGUCACCAGAAAACGCUGCCAACGUCCAAACUCCGGCCGCCCAGCUCGCCUCCGCCUCCGCCUCCGGAACGAAUGCGCGGCUCCAACAUGGCGACCAGCCCGACUCGGUUAGUGACGCCUUUUCGGAGACAACCGUCCAACUGAGCCUUUUCGACUCACCGGAUUCGGUUUUAACUCCUAGCAACCUCGAUUCCCGGGACGCCUUCAAAUCGUCGAACCGAUUCCAUUCGUCGGACUUCGAGGCAUCUCCCCCGCGCUUCGUAAAUUCGUCCGUUCCGGUUUCAUUCUCAUCUGAAUCGGAUUCAGAAGCAGACGAGCUCAUCAAGAAAAUGAGGUCCCCAACCCUCUCGGAUCAGGAAGAGGCCGUGAUCUGGAUCCGGAACCUGACCCGCGAGGACCGGGAAGCACGUGAGAGGAUGUGCAGCCGCGAGCUCCUCACGUGUCUGCGCGCGCUGAUGAGGUCGCGCUGCGCCGGAGUGCAGGUCAACGCCGUGGCGGCAUUGGUCAACCUCUCGCUGGAGGAGCCGAACAAGGUCAUGAUCGUGCGGUCAGGAUUGGUUCCAGCCCUGAUCGACGUCCUCAAGGGUGGACACGUGGAGGCCAGGGAGCACGCAGUCGGAGCCAUCUUCAGCUUGGCGCUGGACGACGGGAACAAGACGGCUCUUGGCGUGCUCGGCGCAGUCCGUCCGCUGGUCCACCAGCUCGGGUCGAGCUGCCGGAGCCAGGCCCGGCUGGAGGCCACCAUGGCUCUCUACCAUCUGUCGUUCGCGCGCGGCAACCACGUCAAACUGACCCGCGCCAGCGCAGCGCCGAAGCUGAUAACGCUGGCUCGCGAGGACAAGCCGAGGAUUGGAAUCCGAGCCAUGCGGGUGCUCUGCAAUGUAGCAACCAGCUCCGAAGGCAGGGCGGCCAUGCUGGACUCCGGCGCUCUCUCCUUGAUCGUUGGCUUGGUGGCUGAGAGUUGGCAGUGGGGGAAGGAUGGACGGCGGGCCGAGCUGAUUCGUGAGCACGGCUUGAUGGUCCUAUGCCUUUUGGCUCGGGACAGGUGGAGGUUCAAAGGCUUGGCUCGUGAAGCCGGCGCGGAGAAGGUGAUGGCGGAGGUGGUAGAACGAGGAAGCGGCCGGGCCAAAGAGUGGGCGACCAAGCUGUUGAUGGUCAUGAAGAGCAGCGCCGCAUCGGCCGGAAGCAACCGAGCCGGUUGCGGUCACUCUGGCUUUGUUGAUGAGUCAGUGGCGCCAUCUUGGCUACACGAGCGGGUCAUAUCGGGGCUCUACUCCACUUUUUGACACACACUCUCUCUCUCUGUAUCUCUUCUGCGCGCUGGGUACUUUGUCAUAAUUUUAUAAAUAUGAGCCUAUUAAUAUAUGACAUAUUAGUGCUGUAAGAGCAAAAGCAAUUCCAUAAUUGAGAUCUGUAUUUGUAUGGCUUUUUCCUGACAUAUGAGCUAAUUAGUGCUGGCACUUGGCCGCAUGUGCAUACAUACAAACAAUAUAUAUAUUGCUAUUGCCUCGAACAAAAUUAAGU